CGCAGCAUCUCCUCACUGAUGACAAAGGGUCCUCCGGGGAGGCGCGCCGCGCGUGACCGCGUCCUAUGCUUUCGUGCUGCUGCAGACCCAGACAGACGGACAGACAGACAGACAGAUACGGGGUGAGAGACUGACAAGCAGACAUACAGAUUCAUGGUGAGGCUGACUUGUUGACAGACAGAUACGAUAGACAGGCAGCAGUUGUGUCGGUGAGGAUGCGCGCGUCGGUCAGCAGCAGCAGCAGCAGCAGCUCGCGGUGAUUGUCGGAUCGGUACCAAGAGGCGGAGCAGCUGCAGCGGAGCGCGAGGAGCAAACCGGGCACCAUGAGCUGCAAUUGGGGCACCGAGCUGUGGGAUCAGUUUGAUAACUUGGAGAAACACACCAGCUGGGGAAUCGACUUCCUGGAAAGAUACACCAAGUUUGUUAAAGAGAGAGCUGAGAUUGAGCUGAGCUACGCCAAACAGAUCAGGAGCCUUUCUAAGAAGUAUCACCCUAAGAGAAGCAGAGAGGAUGAGAGCAGGUACACGUGGUGUUUGGCAUUCGCUGCGACUCUACGUCAGCUGAACGAACUCUCGGUUCAGAGAGAAGAACUUGCGGAUAACCUAAGCACACAGAUUGUCUGUGAGCUGGCCCGAUACACACAAGAACUGAAGACUGAAAGGAAGACUCAUUUUCAAGAUGGCCGCCGUGCCCAGCAGCACAUUGAGAGCUCCUGGAAACAACUGGAGUCUAGUAAACGUCGGUUUGAGCGCGACUGUAAGGAGGCAGAGCGAGCUCAACAAGUCUCAGACAGAAUUGAUCUGGACAACAAGACAGACGGAGAGAAGCGCUGCUCUCUCAAGGCUCGUCAGACAGCUCAACAGAAAAAAGAAGCUGCAGAAGAAGCAAGGAAAGACUAUGUGACCAAUUUAAACCAGUUUAACCAAGAUCAGCACCAGCACUACCACACGCUGGUACCAGUUAUCUACCAGCGUAUCCAGGACAUGGAGGAGCGGAGGAUCGAAAGAAUUUGUGAAGCGAUGCGUUUGUCAGCAGAGGCGGAAAGAAAAGUUCUUCCUGUUGUGAGUCGUUGUGUGGACGCCAUGAUGGAUGCUGCUGAGGGCAUCCAGCCCAGGAUGGACACCCGACAGGUGGUGGAAGUUUAUAAAUCAGGCUUCGAUCCUCCUGGUGAUGUGGAGUUUGAGGACUACAGCGCCUCCAUGAGGAGGAGCAUUUCUGAAUCCAGUUACCUCGACAACCGCACCGAGGGGAGGAGACACAGCAGGAAGCUUUGGCCCUUUAUACGAAAAAACAAGCUGUUGACCCUCCUCUCCUCCCCUCGGCAGCCUCCCCCUCCACCCCCGACCUCCCCCUCACCUGGUGCUGGCACCGACAGCCCCCAGUCCCCGCCCCCUACUUCUAGAGAACCAAUCACACAGCGUCUGAAUGACCUCAUGACCUCUGGAUCGAGAACCAGGAAGCAGUGUCUGCGCAGCCUCAAGAGAGGGCUGUCACUUAAACUGGGUUCAGGUCCUGCAGACUGCAGUCAUCUUCCUCCAGAACAAAGAAGAAAGAAACUUCAAACCAGGAUCAACAACAUCAACCAAGAGAUCCAGAGAGAGAGAGAGCAGAGAGAUGCUCUGUUGAAAAUGAGGGAGGUCUAUGAACGGAGUCCCCAGAUGGGCGAUGCCGGCAGUUUGGAGCCUCGACUGGAGGAGGUGAAACAGAGUCUUCAGAAACUGGAGGAAGAGCUGCGGAAGAACCAGGCAUGGCUGGCAGAGGCUGACAGCAGACUGUCUGAUCACAGCGGUAGGAGACAGAGUGGAGGUUGUGGAGUAAAUUCACAGGCGACAACACCAGGCAGCAGCAGCCUGAAACAGCUUGAUAACCGCAGUCCAGCCAGCAGAGAGAGUCCUGACGGCAGCUACACCGAAGACAACAGUGCAGAGCUUCACUUCAAGUCUCGUAGUUCUGAGUUUGAUGACGACUUUGAUGACGAAGAACCGUUACCAAGUAUCGGCACCUGCAAGUCCCUUUACCCGUUCCAAGGUCAGAAUGAAGGCACUUUGUCCAUGGUGGAGGGAGAACUACUCUCUGUGGUGGAAGAGGACAAAGGUGACGGUUGGACCAGAGUACGGAGGAACCUUGAGGAGGAGGGAUAUGUCCCCACCUCCUACAUCAAAGUCUUCCUAGACAGCAGUGCCAAAGGCUUUGUGCAGAGUAGUCGGCUAGUCUAGCACAGUUAUCGACCAGUGAGGACGUCUCUCCACAGGAAGUGAUGUAAAGGAAAGAGCUCUGAGGAGGUCCAGUGACAGCUUUUCAUUGGACAGUUUAACUGCUGUUGAUACGAGAUGGAGGAAAACUUCUACUGGUGACUGAGAAAUCAAUCAGAGAUCAAUCAGCUAUUAUACAGGUCUUGAAUGCAGAGCAGACAUCAAAAUAAAGAUCAGACAUUAGACAGCUCCUGCCCACUCUGAUCCAUACCAUCCGUAUUUACUCGAGACCCAGA